AUGGCAAACCGCACCCAACGCCCGGGCGGCCUCGACUUCCGCUCUCAGUCCUUCGACCCUCCCACCACCGCCAACUCGCUCACCUCCAACCACCUCGGCCUCGGAAACCUCGCCAGCGCCAGCAUGAGCAAUCUGUCCCUCGGCUCCGACCUGCCCAGCCCGCGCACCGGCGAAGCGCCGCCCGCCCUCUCCCCUCUGGACGCCCUCGCCCUCCAGGGCCGCCUGCUCGCGAAGCGCUUCGAGCAGCAGGACAAGACAGGCCGCCGCCUCAGUCGCCUCGCGCCCCUCACCAUCCAGAACGAGUUCGGCAACCGCGGCGGCUACUUCUCGUCGCUCUCCAACUCGACCGUCAACUCGCCCAACGAAGAUGCAGGCCCCGUCCGCUCCCCGCGCCCCGAGGCCUCGCCCCGCCAGGAGAUAUCGUCGGACAAGCGACACCAGUCCUACUACCCGCAGUUUGGCAUGGACGAGCCCGAGCCCCAGUACGCCAUUGGGCCGCUGCAGAGCCCCAUGGCCACCAUCGCCGAAGCCAGUCCUGCGACGCCUCCCCAGAGCUACUUCGACAUCCCCAGGUCGCGCUCGCCCGAUUCGGUAGAGCCGCACAUCGGACUGCGCGAGGCCACGCCCGUCAGUCCCCAUCUCCCGGCCGCUCCUACCUCCCACAUGUUCCUCAGCCCGCAGAGGAAGCGCUCUGGCGACUCGCAGCAUUCCCAGCACUCGCAACAAUCGCAGCCCCGCUCGGCACCACGCUCCAACCUGCUCCCGCCGCGCUCGUCCAGCUCCCUGCACUCGAACCGCUCACCGAGCAUCCGCUCCGCCGCUGGCACAUACGAUGAUGUUGAGGACAUGUCUCUCAGCGGAUCCUACGACUCCCUGCACCAGACGCGCAACCUGUCUCCCAGCUCCAGCCUGUCGAGAGCUCAGUCUCCCUUCACACCUGCCACCGGUCCCACCAUGAUCCCCCGAUCACCGUCAGCUGCGUCCAACUACUCGGUCGAUGGCGGCAGUCUCCCGCGCCCUGCCUACAACUUCUCAAGACCCAACUUCUCACGCCCCACAAGCCGGCAGAGUCCGUCCGAGGAGAGCGUGAACAUGAGGCCCUCCUUCGACGACCAACUCCGCCGACAGGACUCUAACGAUCUCCCUACUGCUCACUACGCCAACGAGCAGGUCCACACUCCCGUCAGCAUGGUAAGCGAGGACUUCCGCCGGUCCGGCGAGUUCGGCAACAACCCAGCCCCGUCCUACACAUACACCAGGUUCAACCUCCCUCGCGGCAGGGCCGUCGACCGCAAGUCUGUCGGUAUUGAGGACUUUUUCAAGCGCGAGAUCAAAUGGGACCAGCCUGGAGGCCAGCCUAACCAGACUCAGGCGCGACCUCCUUCACCCGAAUCACCGCCUCGUUCUUUCGACCAAACACGCCAGCAACAGCCACAAGCCAGGCGGGAUGCCUCCUUCGACCACGGUACCCCGUCCCUCACAUCCAGCAACAGCACUAUCCGCGCGCGGACAGCCGGGUCUGUUGGGGAAGUCACAGCGCAGCAGCACUGCGACAUGGGACUGGAGCUUCACGAAGCUGGUGAACUACUCAAGUCCACCUAUCACCUUCGACUCGCAGCUCGCGCUGGUCUUCCAGAAGCCAUGUUCUGGUAUGGCCUCGCUUGCCGUCACGGCUGGGGCAUGCGUGAGAACAAGUCCGAAGCAUUGCAAUGGCUACGCCGCGCCGUUGACUCCGGUCAGCUGGAAGUAGCCGACGAUGAGGAUCAAUCUAAGCACGGGCAGCCGACCGACCUCACCAAGAAGAAGCGCCACCGCGCCCAAUACGCUGUAGCCAUCUACGAGCUUGGCAAAUGCUACGGAAACGGCUGGGGUGCUCCUCAAGACAAGUCCCUCGCACUGCGAUGCUACGAGAUCGCUGGAAACUGGGGCGACGCCGAUGCUCUCGUCGAAGCCGGCUACUGUUAUGCCGAAGGCGUCGGCUGCAAGAAGAACAUGAAGAAGGCAGCCAAGUUCUAUCGCGCAGCCGAAGCCAAGGGCGUCAGCAUGGUGGGCAACAGCUGGAUCUACAAAGACAAAUACAUGGACGACGGCUCCACCACCUCGGAUGAGCGGUCGGUCCGAUCAGGUCGGUCCGCUACCAAAGACCACUCCAAAGACAAGAAGGCUCGCGACAAAAGCAGGACUCGCACCAUCUUCGGCCGCAAGAAGAGCGCGGCUGAACCUCUCCCUCCUAUGGCUUGA